AGCCGGCUCCUCCGGGUGUCCAAUACAGUGGAAAAUCAAAGUGCGAGCCUUCCCAGUUCACACACGUCCUGUGUGGUGCGUGGAGCACAGUGGAAUAAGAGACAGGUGGUCCAUCUUUCCUCACACAGUCUAUUUAGUUUGUCACUUUUAAAUAUGCCUAAAAGUUGCAUAUCACGACCACGCUGGAUUGUAUUUUUUAACAGUGAAUAAUGCGUAUUUUCGAUUUUAUCUGGCUGAGGUGACUUUUACGCAAGGCUAUACAAUGGAACAGAGGCUCUCCAGAUGUAGCUGGGUGCCGGUGACCGGGCUCGUAAUCUGUCUACUUCUCUGUGCGUGUGUGGUGGACUUGGUGCUGGCUCAAAUUCGCUACUCCAUCCCCGAGGAGCUGGAGCACGGAGCUUUCGUGGGCAACAUCGCGGAGGACCUGGGCUUGGAUGUAUCCAAGUUGUCCGCACGUCGAUUUCGAAUCGUGUCCGGAGCCAAGAAGCAAUAUUUAGAAGUGAAUUUGGAGAAUGGAAUUUUGUUUGUUAACGAAAAAAUAGACAGAGAGGAGCUUUGUGAGCGCAGCCCUAGCUGUUUUUUACACCUCCAAGUUGUCAUCGAAAACCCUUUAGAGCUCUACAGAGUAGAAGUUGAGAUUUUAGACGUGAAUGACAACCCCCCCACUUUCCCUUGGAGCGAAUUUAACAUCGACAUUACGGAGUCGGCUGCGCCCGGCUCCUGCUUCCCGUUAGAGAGCGCGCAAGACUUGGACGUGGGCACUAAUUCUUUGCGCUCCUACCAGCUGGGCGCAAACGAACACUUCAUUCUCAACAUCCAGACGCGCAACGACGGGAGCAAGUUUGCGGAGCUGGUGCUGGACAACCCUUUAGACCGGGAGCGGCAGAAAAAGCACGCGAUGAUUUUGACAGCAUUUGACGGGGGUUCGCCGGAACGCUCCGGAACCGCUUUAAUCACCAUCACGGUGCUUGACGCGAACGACAACGUCCCCGUGUUCGAUCGAUCUGUGUACCGGGCCAGACUAGUGGAAAACGCGCCGAGGGGGACGCUGGUGCUGAAGCUGAACGCCACCGACUUGGACGAGGGCUCCAACGGGGAGGUGACCUACGCCUUCAGCGGACACGCGCCUCUCAGAGUGCGCGAGUUGUUCAGCGUGGAUCCGUACACGGGUGAGAUCCGCGUAAAAGGCGUCGUGGACUACGAGAAAGCCAACGUGUACGAGCUGUACGUGCAAGCGAGGGACAGGGGACCCUCGGCCGUGGCCGUGCACAGCAAAUUACUGGUCGACAUCGUGGACGUGAACGACAACACCCCCGAAGUCAUUCUCACGUCCGUGUCCACGCCAGUCCAGGAAGACGCAUCACCGGGAACCGUUAUAGCGAGCACUGAGGAGCUCAAAGCACCCGCUACCCAACCCGCUUUCUCCCUCGCUCUUGAAUAA